GCCCCCGGAAGAAACACUAGCUGGCGCUGACGUCAGCCAUCCAUGCAAACAGACGGAGCCAGGCCGAUGUGUAGGAAUGUGUGGAAACUUCUUCCGUGAAUAGUUUGUGUACUAUUACAUCGAUAAUAUAGACCGAAUACCGACAAGGAGUGGAUACAGAUAUACGCCCUCCCAGCAUGGCUUCUCAGACGGUAUAUCCAAUGGGGUUGGUCAUGUAUGCCACCUCAGCUGGCAUGCCCAUGGUGGAGGAUGCCCAGGGGUUGGCUGAGCUUCCACAGAAUGAGCUGCCGGCCCCACAGCUGGUCAUGCUCGCCAACGUAGCCUGUGAAAAUCCAACAGAAGGGAAGGAGAUGAUGGAGCUUCAAACCGUCGGCAGCAGCAGCUACUCCGAUAGUGAAGACGAGAACAUCAUCAGAUACAGUUACGAUAGCCAUGAGAGAGAGAUGUGUAUUGUAGACUACCCAGAGUCUCCACGGGUGGCCCUUUCCCAGGUUGAGGAGAUUGACAAUGAAGUAGAAGAGGAAGAAGGGCUGGACCUGUCCAAACCCUCUGAACAGCGCCCUUCUAGCCCUCCCACCCCUUUUACCCCUUCAACCCCUCUGGGCAUGAUCAUGGAGUCAGCUAAGAAGAAGAAACCCUUCUUCUGUAAACCCUGCAACUACCAGGCCCAGCGAGAGGAGGAGUUUGUAACCCACAUCCAAAUCCACAGCGCCAAUAGGAUGAUCGUGGUGAAACGCGUGGAGGGGGAUAAGGCACGGGCAAAAGAGACUUUAGCGGGACCAGAUCAAGAGGUGGAGAACGGUGAUGGUGGGGCCAACAACAAAGGGGUGAUCCGCUGUGAGCGCUGCGGCUACAACACCAACCGCUACGACCAUUACAUGGCUCACCUCAAGCACCACGAAAAGGAGGGCGACGACCAGAGGGUCUACAAAUGCACCAUCUGCACUUAUACCACCGUCAGCCAGUACCACUGGAGGAAGCACCUCAGGAACCAUUUCCCCAGUAAGCUCUUCACCUGCAACCAGUGCUGCUAUUUCUCGGACCGUAAGAACAACUACGUGCAGCAUAUCCGCACCCACACAGGGGAGCGUCCUUUUCGAUGUCCGUACUGUGAGUACUCAAGCUCCCAGAAGACCCAUCUUACCAGGCAUAUGAGAACCCACUCGGGUGAAAGGCCUUUCAAAUGUGACCGCUGCAACUACCUGGCUGCCAAUCAGCAUGAGGUGACACGCCAUUCCAGACAGGUUCACAAUGGGCCCAAGCCCCUGUGCUGCCCCCACUGUCCAUACAAGACGGCUGAUCGCAGCAACUACAAGAAGCAUGUGGAGCUCCACCUCAACCCGCGUCAGUUCCUUUGUCCUGUCUGCAAGUACGCCGCAUCCAAGAAGUGUAACCUGCAGUAUCACAUCAAAUCCAGACAUCCCGGCUGCCCACAGAUUGCAAUGGAUGUGUCAAAGGUCAAGCUGCGUGUCAAGAAACCUGAUUCUGAUGAAUUCGCUGAUGAGUACACCAUCGUGAAUGGAAUUGCAAAGUUUGAGCUGUCUGCAAUUGAUGAGGAGGAGGACAUGGAGGAGAGACCAGAUAUCUCUGGAGCUGAUAAACAAUCAAGCCAUAUCAAUCUCUCAACCAAGAAGAGCAGCAAUCCCGGCCCUCUUCAAGCUGCAGAAAGUGUAGCAACAGACAAGACCCACAAGAAAUGUUGUGUCUCCCCUGUCAAAGAGACACCUAAAAAGGCAAAGGACAAGGCAGAGGCAAAGGACAAGGUAGAGAAAAAGGUAACACUGAAACGCAAGAGUACAGAGAUGAGCAGUGAGAAUACAAAGCAGCAUGUUACCCUGAAGGAGACAGCAGCUGCAGUUCAAACCACAGGUUAUAAAGUUAAGAGACGUCCCAAAAAACAGAUGAAGGGGAAAACGAGUGUUCAGGAUAAGAGUGAAAUAAAGGAAACUGUGGAAAAAGUUCAAAAGGCGAGUUUGGAAGAGGACGAUGUUGAGAAGGAGAAAUCAGUCAAGGAGACGUUAGAGAAAGACAUGCUGGAGAGGGAAAAUAUGGAGAAAGUGAAGGAGGAAAACAAGAAGCUGGAGAAGGAGAAAAAAGAGCAGCUGGGAACACUGAAGAAUGAGAGUGAAGGAAAAGAGAACAAAAACACAACAAAAUCUAAGAAGAGUCCUUCUAAAAAAAUUAAGAAAGUGGUUGAUAAGACUGUUGCAAAAGCACCUCAAAGUCUGGACGCACCAGUGGAAAAACAGGGAGAGAAGAGCAGGACGAAGCCGCUAAAGAGAAAGGCUGCAGAGGCCUUGGACUUAUCAAUGAAGGAAUCUCCUGAGGAGCCCUGCACCAACAUAAAGGCCAAACGGUUAAAAAUCAAGGCUGGUCACAAGUCACAAUCAAAAGCCAGUAUCUGCCAAAGCAUGACGACUGAGCCUUGCCCAGUGUCAGAACAGGAGAACCCAGCAAACCAGAUUAUGAACUCGACUGUGAAAAAGAGCAACAAGACAGAAGCAAGCUAUGAAGAGACCGAGGCUUCCAGUGAGAACAAGGGGUGUUCCAUCAUUGAGACCCCUAUUAGCCUCCCUGAAAACAAAAAGGGUCCAGCUACAAAGCUUCAGCCAACAGUUUUACAGGGAGAGCAGAAGGCGUCUGACCAGGAGACUGUCCCCGCUAUGCAUACCUCUACAUCUCAGGACACAACUCCACAGACUGAGCAGGCUAAGGUCGCCGACCAUUCAGAGGAAACUCCUACUCCUGAAGACGAGUCCCCAUCUCCCACAGAAAUUGACGGCUCUCCCGAUUUCAGACGGCCACAGGGAGAACCAUCAACACCAACAACACCCUCCCUGGAGCUCCCUAGGCCAAGAGGAAAGCCUACCGAAACUGAAGAGGACGAGGGCAUCCACAGCCAUGACGGAGGAAGUGAGAUCAGUGAUAGCGCCUCGGAGGGCAGCGACGACUCGGGGCUCAACGGACUGGCCGCUGCCGCAGGCAAACUGGCCAAUGACCCUGAAACUCCCACAGAAGAGAUUCCGACUCCAACUGAACUCAAGAGUCACAUGUGUAUUUUCUGCGACCGUACCUUCCCCUUGGAGGUGGAGUACCGUCGGCACCUGAAUCGCCACCUGGUGAAUGUGUACUAUCUUGACAAUGCAUCCAAGCUGGACCAGUGAGUGACUGCAGAGCAGGGGGCUUUGAUUUAUCCCAUUUUAAUCAGUUUCAGCAGUGUAUUCUUGUUUUACCCUUUCUACCUGUUAUAAAACAUAAUUGUCUGUGUAAACAUGUUGACACUACAUAUUCAGUUACCUUGCAUUAGUGCUCACUAGUAAGUACUGUAUAAAAUAUUAUAUGGUAUGCCUAAAACUCUGACAGCCAUUGUAAUACAGUUUUAGGCCGACUAGUUAAUUUGAUUAUUGGUGUCUGGGCUUUCACGGAUUGGUUCCCAGACAUUUUGACUAUUAAUUCUACAGUUCUUUUUUUCAAACAUGAUGGGAUGCCUUUAAUUUAAAUCAUAAAGGAUAUGUGAGUUAAUACGUGAAGUGGCCCCCUAAAAAAGUUCAUUGUUUGGCAUUUGGCUGAAACACCCAUCAAAGAAAAUAUGGGAUAUUAAUUUUGUUGCUUGUAAAUCUCAGAAUACUUGUAAAUCUCAUAUGGUUAUUCAACUACUGGUAUCUAAAAUCAAAUAGCAUUGUAUAUAUCUUACAUAUAUAGUGGUUGAUAGUCAAGAAAUCGCUACACCUUGCCGGUUGAGUUUCUGUAUUAGAAGAAGCCACCAAGAGACGAGUUGCACCAGUUUUUUGUAUUUUUAUCCAUCAGCCCUGUUGAACAACAAUAGUACAUCUAUUAUGAAAGGAAGUGGUACACUUUUUCAAUGAAGUACCAAAGAAACCCCUUCAUUCACACGGGGAUUAUAUUAGAAGGACCCAGGUGGUCCUGUUGUGUGAGUCCACUCCAGUGAAGUGGUCUGUGCCUUAAAUGGGGAAGAGGGCUGCAUGUUCAAAGUCGGCACACGUGUAAGUUGUCCACUCCACCAUUUAGGGAGCACUUGACAACUACUUUAAUUUCUCUUUUUAUUGACAUCAAUAGAGAUUUUUUUUAAACAUUGUAUAAAUCAAUGAUCAAUCUUCACAAUGGACUAAUUAUAAAAAAAUCUCUUAAUUACAAAAAAACUUGACUUACACUCAAAUUGAUGAACUAUGAAAUUGAGUUUUUUUUUUUUUGGUUAAUCCGGUACAAUGGUGGCGAAAUGUGUAUAGAAUUGUUUCUUGAGUUAAUGUUUGAAAUAUGUUGUCACUUUUUGAAUAUCCAAGUAAAUGUAGUCAUACAAAAAAACUCAUACUACUCAUUAAUAAAUGCACAACUCUGUGGAAGGUAGGGUGUUCCUAGUGUCAGCCUACUGGACCUUGACAUUUGUAGCCCUCUCGAACUUAAGAUAUGGAUAGAGUUUUUCUGGGUGGUAUAAAACAGAAACUAUGUUGCUAUCACUGACAGAAUAGACAGCUAACAUUGAAAACAAGUUGUGAAAUGGAAGUUUGAACACACCAUUAUCAGUUUUGUAUCUGAUUCAGAAAAAGUCCAAAGAUAUUUUUAUUUUUUUACAGUUGAGCCUGCGAAGAUGCCCGUAGUUCUACAUUUUCUUCUUUUUUUUUUACUCUUCAGUGCCUUCGACAAUCAGUAUUUUAUGUUUUUGCAUAUUAACAGUGUAGGUUUCUGUUAAUUGAGUCACAUUCUUUGUACACUGUAAGAGUUCUGAUUUCAAGUAUAUUGUUGUUACAUCAUGUCUAUCUUUAUAACCAUUCCUUGAGGUUUAGUUGUAAUUGUUUGAUUUCUCUGACUGUUGAUGUUUUUAUUACCCCACUCAUCUGUUUUUACAGAAUUGUACUUCCAAAGCGUAGCCUGUGAAAUACUUAAUUCAUAUGCAUUUAGUUUUCUGUACUAUGAGGUGAUUGUUAGACUGAGCUAAUAAAAUAAAAAAAUGCCAUGUGUACUCUUAGUAAAUUCAGUGCAAUAUAUUUUGGGUGUGAUGCCAAAGUGAGAAGAUAUAGAAUUAUAAAGAUGUAUGUCUUGAGUAUCCUGACUAUUGGAAGGAACAUACUAUACCAGGGUUCCCUGGGAAACUGGUCCAAUUUAGCCGACGUGCUCUUGAACCGGUCUAUAAAUGCAGUUUCCCAGGGAACCCUAUCUAGACAGUUAGAUUCCGUAGCACUGUAAAUGUACACCUUUUAUCUCUUUGUUCACUUACUGUAUUGUGCUUGUUAGUGGAUAAGAACUGUAUUUCAGUCAUUGUAACCAUUUUGCAUUCACAUUGUAAUCAUAUGUACCAUAAAACUUCAAUUAAAUGCUGAGUCUCAAAUUGCCAGCCGCAUGUUCAUUUUAAUAGCUGUGAAUCGGCGCACGUUUCAGCAAAUAAACGCAUGUUUCAAAUGAAUUCCCGGGUCUAAUGAAUUCCUUACGAUAUUCCCAUGUGCAUUAAUUAUUUAUUUUUAUUCUGUCAUUGUUGCUAGCCAUGUCGCCACCAAAAAGAAAAAACUACAUUAAAUGAAUGUUGCUGAAGGGUGAAUUUGGGGUGUUUGAUAUGCAGCCUUUGCUAGUCUGAUCUGUGAUGGAUUUGUUAUUAUGUUUAUACUGGUCACAAACAGUGUGGUAGUCUUUACAACAUUUUAUUGAGGAAAAGCUGUGUGCAUUAGGAAAUAGAAGCCUGGCUCAAAUAAGCGCCGGUUGUGUUCAGCGAUUAAAGAAAAUACAUGCCCAGGCUAUUUUUAUUUUUUUUACUGUUAGCUUAUACCUGUCAUUUGCAGUUAGUGAAGAAAUGUACUCUUUCAACAUAAUUGACAACUAACUUCUAUUAAUACCUUCACCAAAGUGGGGAGUUAUUGGCCGUUGUCCCUAAGACUUUUUGAAAACAAUUGGCUGUUUUAAAAACCACUUUGUGCAGUUUAAAACAAUGCAUCCUGUACCAUUUUCUGCUCUACACUUUUUAAUAAAAGUUGGCCUGUU